AAUCAACUUAGAUCACCAUAUUAAGAACGAUAAUGGAUACCUUAAAUGGGUUGUAAGUAAUCCCAGCUAUCUGUGGGAUGGUAUUGGGCCAUACUAACUAAUAUUCAAAGUCUUGAAAGUUAAAGUUGGAGAAUUAGACAUUCGGCGUCUACAGUAAAGAAUAUAAAUAUGAUGCUAUUUUUAUAAGAACUGCAUGCUUCUUAAAACCAAGCUAGUCCGGGGCAAUCUAUAUGUGACGGUCCCGAGCAAUAUGAGUAUAUUGGUAGAUUAUCUGACAAAAUUCUAACAUGAGGAGAGAAAAGGAAAGAGGCAGGCCUGCCGGCGACGAGCUAUCUAAUGUGUGCGAAGGGUUUAAGCGAGGCUCAGUGACUGUCCAUGCUCAGUGAAUGUCUAUGCUCCGUGACAUUACCCCCUCCUCCCGAUGAAGGGCUGCCCUCAGUCCUUCGAAACUGGAUAAUCAUCAUCCCGGUGGUCAUCCAGGAACUCCUCAUCUUCUGCUGCGCGGAGCCAGUCAAGCAAUCGACGGGGUGGCCCUGGUGCCUCUGGGUUCGCUGCAUGGAAGACCUGCAGCUUUACCGGGCUGUUCUUGAAGUCUCAGGCAGGGUACCAGUUCAGGUCAUCAUCAUAACUGAUCCACUUCACCCAGUACUGCAGUUUUCGGUAUCUCAGUCAGGAGGCAAGGAUCUCCUCCACUUCCCAUUCAUCUUGGUUGUUGACAGUGAUUGGCGGUGGUUUGUCUGCAUGCUGGCCAGGAAGGGGUUCAGAUGUGGAGGCCCUGCGGAGGUGCUCUGGAUUGAUAACUGGGUGGACCUUGAUAGAGGCUGGCAGGUCAAUGUGGAACGCAUUUCCUUCCUUUGCAAGGAUCUGGAAAGGGCCCACCCACUGAUAGUCAAGCUUCUUGCUUGGAUGGCCUGUGUUCCAGUUCUUUGUUGAUAUCAUUAUCAUGUCAUCUACAUUGAAAUCCACUUCCUGCCUUGAGCAAUUUGCAUUCCGCUGUUGGCGUGCCUGGGCAGUGUGGAUUCAUUCUUGCACCCAGUCCCAUGUCUCUUGUAAUUGUUGUAGUUGUUGCUGGGCAUUUGCCUCUGUAACUGUUCCAUUAAGGUUUGAUAUCCAGUCAAAAGAUGUCCUGGGGGUGUAGCCACUGUCAAUGAGGAAAGGAGAAGUCUCUGUGGACUCACCCACCAAUAGUGCACCAGCAAAGUCUAUCAUGGGGAGCUUUUCUGACCAGUCAUCCUGAUAAUGAUUCACAAAUGGGCGUAAGUGCUGUUCAAUGAUCUGGUUUGCAUUCUCUGUCUGUCCAUCUGUUUGUGGGUGGUCAGCAGUUGAGAGCUUCAGCUUCAC